CACAUUUUCAACAUGUCCGGUACAUUUAGUUGGAUUAGGGAGGAUCAUCUUUAAACCUUGAUCAUUGCAGUAUGCAAUUUUUGUGAAUAUAAAGAACAACAUAUGAAUCAAAGCUUUUCCGAAUCUUCGUUAAUACCAAGUACAGAUGAAAAACCCACUAUCGACAAUCAAGCUUUAAACUAUGGCUACAUGAAUUCAAUUCCUCCUGUCUAUAGAAAGUCUCCAAAAAUGACAUCUACUUUGGGCAAUUUAGCUGUUCCACCUUAUCCACAAGAAACAUCGGAAAAGGAAUCUGUUCAUAUCAAUUUAGAUCCUAAUACGGCACCUGCUCGAUACCGUGGCAUUCGUGAUUUGGAUUUAAAUUCAUGGGAUGAUGAAGCAGCGGCAAAAUUACGUAUAUCAUUUCGUCCUUCUGGAGAUUUAUAUGACUUUUUAUCUCUGUGUAGACGUUCACUUGGUCUUCGUGCUAUAACUCGCUCUGUAAAUUCUCGGCCUCUUAAACGAACAUUUGGUGUUAUCUGGUUUGUUAACGAUUGUUGUGGAAUUGUCUGUAUUUUUAUCACCUGGAUGCUUAUUCUCUAUGCAGAGUUUGUUAUAGACUUCGUCGUACUAGGUCAGUCUCCAUCACGUACCUUCUAUUGGAUAAGUGGGACGAUUUACCAUAUUUUUGCUAUCCUGGCAGUAGUUUCUCACUUCAAAGCAUUCAGUACUGAUCCAGGUAGCGUUCCAAUUGGUGCAGCGAAUCAAGCAUUUGCUAAAUGUUUGCAACAGUAUUCUUCGUAUUUAUCUGCUCCACCUAUACGUUGCAUAAAGUGCCUUUCUAUUAAACCUGAUCGUGCUCAUCAUUGUCGUAUUUGUCAACGAUGUAUACGUAAAAUGGAUCAUCAUUGUCCAUGGAUAAAUAAUUGUGUUGGUGAAGAAAAUCAAAAAUACUUUGUUUUAUUCUCUCUGUACAUUUGCCUUAUGUCAUUUACUGCUGUUGGAAUGUGUUUUUAUUUUCUUUUCCAAUGUUUGGGUUCUGAUUGGGAUGUUUGUCAACCAAAUCCAAGUGCUACUAUAAUAGGCAAUUUUAGUCCAAUAGCUUGUAGCGCGUUUGUCCUAGGAUUGAUAUGUGAAUCAUUCAUGUUUGGGAUUUUCACUUUAGUUAUGUGUAUCAGCCAAUUGUGCGCUAUUUCAAAUGAUGAAACCGGUAUUGAAAAUCUCAAAAAAGAACAAUCAUCAUGGGAGAAACAAUCGGCUAGAAAAAAUUUUAUCAAUGCUUUCGGUUCACCAUUUUCAUGGCGUUGGUUUAGUCCAUUCUCACCACCUCCGUCUAUUUCGAAUAUUAUUCCAGGAUUGCCAGAUAAUGUUGAUUUAAUCAAUAUGUUAUAUUUAGCUGAACAAAAUGCAUGUCGAUUGAAAAAUCCCAAUGAAUUUCAGUUAGAUUUUAAUCAGAUUGGAGGAGGAUAUAUUGUUUAAUAAAAAAAAACAAUGAUCAUUUUUACUUUUGUUUUUUCCCUGGUAAUUUUAUCAAAACAAAAUCAUUUGUAAGAAGAAAAAAAAUAGUGGAAGAGAAAUGAAAAGUUCACCUGUUUUUUUUUCAUUCUAAUCUUUGUAUUAACAUUAUACUACUUGCAAGUAUGACUUUUUUGUGUAUUAGAUCUAAUCAUUUUCAAUGUUCUUUUCCAUAUAUGUGUGUAUACCUUAAAUUCAUUGAGAUAUGUUAGGACUCCUUGUUUGGUUUUUUUAUAUUUUGAUAGGAUUGUACAAGUAAAACUACUAAAUCUUCAUUGAAUUCAAAUCAUGUUAAGAUCUAUUUCAUCACUUGAUGUAAUCAAUUCCGAUGACAGUUCGCCAUAAGUUCUUACUCGACCAGUAUUGUUCGAAUAGAGAGCUUGUAUAAUGUUAAUGUACUUCUUUGGUACACUUUUUAAUGACAAAUUGCUACAGAACCUCACGAUCGACGGAGUCGAAUGCCG